AUGCUGACAUGCGACUGCGAAUUACCAAAGACCGUUCGUGAGUUCUUGCACCUUGUUCACUUCUUUUUCGGCAAAAGGGUGUUCGAUGUGAAGCACCUUAGCAAGCAUUGUUCUGGGCUUUACGGAGGAUUGGAGCGGGUGGCCUCUACAGUCCAAGUUGAGCGAGCAGUGGGAUCUCGACAUCAGUCCGGCUCCGAUAGCUUAUUAACAUGGCAGGUGUUCUACCAAAUCGCUUCUCGUGUGAAUCCACAACUCAUCGAUCGUCCAGAACACAUGGGAGCACUCUUUGACCUCGAACUCCAAUAG